UUAACUGUUACACACCCAGAGAGACACUGAGAGAGAAAUUUGGGUAUUUAAAGAGCGACAAGUUUGCCAAAAAAACUCUUUCCUCGAUUGUCUUCAAUAAGAGAGAUUAUAACGGUUAAUCUGUCUGUUGAUCUUCCUCAUCUUCUUAUAAUCGUUGGUUCGAAAAUGUCCUUUUCUCGUAGUUUGGUUCCUCAAAUGCUUCGACCAACAUCCGAUUGGUGGGACCUUUGGGAUUUUCCACCUCGAAUAUUUGACCAGCACUUUGGUCUUGGAUUGAAUGAGGAAGAUCUCAUUCCAUUGGCUUCAUCACCUUUCUAUCCUCGGUCAUCUUUACUUCGUCGACAAUUAUCAUCAACAUCUUCCUCUGGUACCAAUGCAACUCAAUCAACCACCACCAGUGUUGUACCAAGAGGAGUAUCUGAAGUAUCAAAUGUAUCAAAUCAAUUUGCUGUUUCACUUGAUGUCUCUCAAUUUGCUCCAAAUGAGAUUACAGUUAAAGCGAUUGACAACAAUUGUGUUGUUAUUGAAGGUAAACACGAGGAGAGACCCGAUGAACAUGGUUAUAUUUCAAGGCACUUUCAACGUCGAUACAUGUUACCAAAAGGAAUCGAAGCCGAUAAAAUUAUCUCUUCCUUAAGCCCUGAGGGUGUUUUAACUGUUUCAGUUCCCAAAAAGGCUCCAAUUGAAGAGGGUAAACCAAAGGAAAAGGUUAUCCCGAUAAACUUUGGCUCCUCACCCAUGGUUGUCGAUUAUGUUCAACCCUCAACUCCAGGUCAACUUGCGUCCUCAUCCCAAACACAAUCAGCCAAUAAUACCAAUACCUCAACAUCCUCAACAACCACAAAUCAACAGGAGACAAUUCAUCAAAUUCAAGUUGAAUCCAGUGUCCAACAAUCAUCCAAUAUUGUCCAACAGCCCAUCCAGCAAACCGAGGCCGCUAAACCAGUGACUGAGGCCACUGCCGCCGCCACCCCUGCCCCUGCCACUCCAGCAGAGCCACAACAACCCGCAGCUCCCGCUCCACAAUAAAUUAACGGUUAACUAAUCAUUGAAAAUGACAAUGAAAAAAAGUUCGUUGAGUAAUUUGAAAAACAAUUUUCUCGAUUAAUAAUCAAUCCUAUUCGAUGUAAUAAGAACUUGAUAUUUAUCAACAUAUUAAAAUAAGAACAAUUUAACAAACAA